AGAGCCUUUAUCUGCAUGUAUUGCACUAUUUGAAAAUGGCCUCUGUAGGACGUUUUCAGGAUAAAGUUGUCAUAGUUACGGGUGGAUGCAAUGGCAUGGGAAAAGGAAUUGUUACGGUGUUUCGUGAAAAUGGCGGAAAGGUUGUUAUCUGGGAUAUUGAUGACGAGACCGGGAAAUCAAUGACCAGCGAUGUACAGUUCUUCAUCCACUGUGACAUGACGAAAGAAAAAGACAUUAAGAGUGCGGUCGAGCAAACAGUGACAAAGUAUGGCAGUGUCCACUGCCUCGUAAACAACGCUGGAUGGCACCCACCUAACCACACCAUAGACGAGUAUUCAGCUGAUGAAAUGCGCAAGCUCAUGGACCUUAACUUUGUCGCAUAUUUUCUAGCUGCAAAGUACACACUUCCUUUUCUACGGAAGACAAAAGGGACCAUCGUCAACAUUGCCAGCACAGCUGGCACGUAUGGUGCACGCCUUGCAACAGCCUAUUGUGCUUCAAAGGCGGCUAUAUCUGGAUUUACUCGUGCACUGGCUCUGGACGAGGCGUUGAACGGGGUGAGGGUGAACGCGGUGGUGCCGGGAUCAACCAAUACGCCUCUGUUGCAUUCAUUCGUCCACUCAGAAGACGACAAGCGGGAAAUGGAAGACAUGUCGGUUUUGCGACGUCUCGGUGAACCGGAGGAGAUAGGUCACGUGUGCUUGUUCCUUGCCACUGACGCCACAUUUGUAAUAGGCCAGGAAAUCCAUAGCACGGGCGGAAUGGGCGUUGGCGAGCUUUACCAGUAUAGGAAGUGAGGAUGGUUAUCAGAAAGCGGUCACAGCAUGUUAAUGAUUGCCGCUGAUAUCAAGCCGUUAUCGACUGUUAUUUGGGAGGGGACGUUGUUUUGUUAUCGAUUACAUUCAGUGAAGAAAAAUUGUUAAACUACAAUGGGAUAUGAUUAAACUAGAGGUACAAUUCUGAAGACUGCCUUGACACGGGAAAAUAUUACUUUUUUGUUGUAGUUUUUUUAAUAUGCCAUAACAAUUAUAUUAAUGUUUAUAUGGUUAAACCAAUAAAAAGAAACUUGAAA